AUGGAUCCCGCCAAAAUCCCGAUGGACCAAAUAUCAACCGACCUCGAUCAAAAUACUUCGGCCGGGGAGUCGAUCAAAUCGAAAGAAGAAGUAUUAUCGGGUAAUGAAUCUGAAAUCAUUGCCGAAGUACUUCCUCAGGUUCAUUCGAAUCCCCAUGCUGAUAUUCCAAAUGGAGGAACCGUUGCAUGGCUCCAAGUUCUUGGGAGCUUCUUUCUGUUCUUUAAUUCUUGGGGCAUAGUAAAUAUGUUUGGUGCAUUUCAAACAUUCUAUGAGGGUGAUUUAUUAUCUCAUGAGUCUCCGUCCAGUAUUUCAUGGAUUGGUUCUAUUCAAGCCUUUUUGCUCUUACUUGUGGGAGUUAUCACUGGUCCUCUUUUUGAUGCCGGCCUCUUCCGCCCUCUCUUAGCCACUGGGACAUUUUUGGUUGUCUUCGGUAUGAUGAUGACCUCGAUUUCCAAAACAUACUGGGAAGUCAUACUUUCUCAAGCAGUCUGCAUGGGAAUUGGUUUGGGAUGCCUUUUUGUUCCUAGUGUCGCCAUUGUUUCUACUUAUUUUUCGACACGGAAAGCUUUCGCAACAGGGAUUGCUGCUAGUGGAAGUUCACUUGGUGGUGUAAUUUACCCAAUUAUUUUUCAUAAUCUCCAACCCAAAAUCGGAUUUGGCUGGACAACAAGAGCCCUAGGAUUUAUCUUCCUCGCCACUCUCUCAAUCUCCAUGAGUAUCAUGAAGAUGCGUGUAAAGCCCGCACAGAAGCGAAAGCUAAUGGAUUUGGCCGCAUUCAAAGAACCACCAUAUCUACUGUUUACCAUCGGUCUCUUUUUCGGAUUCAUGGGUCUCAAUAUUCCCUUCUACUACAUUUCAUCCUACGCCACGGAUGAAAAAAUCAUGUCUUCGAACUCGGCAUUCUAUAUGUUAAGUACCAUAAAUGCAGCAUCCAUCUUCGGACGCAUUAUCCCCAAUUACUUUGCCGAUAAACUCGGGCCCCUCAACAUCAUUAUACCUGGAACAUUUAUCGCGAGUAUCGUAGCUUUUGGUUGGAUUGGAGUUCACUCUGUUGGCGGGCUCGUGGUGUUCGCUAUCCUUUAUGGGUUUUCAACAGGAUGCUUCGUAUCAAUUCCACCCACUGUCAUCGUAUCGUUGAGUCCACACUUAGGAGUAGUAGGCACAAGAAUGGGCAUGACUUUUGCGGUUGCUGGGUUAGGUCUCUUGAUUGGUACACCGGUUGCCGGUCAGAUACUUUCGAAUUCGGGAUAUGUUUCUACCAUAGCAUUUUGUGGAGCGCUGCUUCUUGUAACGGUGGCUUGUUUCGCUGCAGCUAGAAUGUAUAAAACUGGGAUGUAUAUCAAGAAGUUUGCUUGA